AUGUCCACCGCGGCCGCACCUAAAACUGAAAAGCAGUGGUUGAGUCUCUAUGCUGAACAGCUGCGCAAAGAGCUCACCAAGCGCGGUCUCGCAUCUGACGGCUUCAAGAAGGACAUGGCGGCACGUCUCGUGGCUCACGAUGCAGGGCUGCAUCUACCGCCGCAGCAGCGACAGCAACAUAAUGAAUUAGAAGACGUGGCCGGGCCAGGCGAGAUCCAGACCUUGCUGGGCGAGCAUGGUCUGCAGCUCGAAUUGCUCGAUCGCCAACUUCCGCAAGAACUGUUCAACAAGCUGGUUGGUCCGAUUGCCGUCGAACCUCGCUACCUCAGCGGUGUUGGGGGUGUUGGCAAAAGCAGUAUUCUGCUGAUGCUGGUUGUGCUGGUGAUGCGCCACAACAAGGCCUUCUUUUCGCGCUACGCCGCGUCCCGCGCUGCUGAUGCCGCUCCUGCUCCUGCUCCUGCUCCUGCCCCUGCUCCUGCUCCUGCUCCUGCUCCUGCUCUCGCUCCUGGUUCUUUCGAUGGUGUCAUUUUCCUCAUCUACCUGCCCGAGACUGCUGCGUUCGUUGGACAACAACCUGAGGUCGCGGCUUCUCAACUGAUCGGUGAUAUGCGAAUUGCCAACCGCCGUCUGUUGAGCUCGGGCUUCCUCGAUGAGCCCGCGUUUCGGAAACUCAAGGCGGCUUUUGUCGAAGAUGAUGGGCCCUCACUCGACCAAUGGGGCCGCAUCAAUGCUGCGUUGGCUGGCCUCAAGCCCGAAGGUCACCGUUUCCGCACCCUCGUCCUCAUCGACCAGUGGAAUUCGAUCAUUCAUGCGAAAGCCCUUCCCGUUGGUGACGAGGACCAGCUCAAGGCAGACCAUCCUGCUCAAGCCUUCUACAGACUCAGCACACGCUUCGGUUUCUCGUUUUUCGUUGCUGCAGUCAGCUCCUCGCCCAGGAUGGACUCAUCCAACGCUUUCAGCGGCGCGCAAUGUGGUGGAGCUGAACAGCCAAUCGAGUUCCUGACUGAUGAAGAAGCAGAAACGUUGCGCGCGAUUUGGUACUACCGCAAUCCACCCUUCAGAAUCACCGCCGCCAGUAUGAAACAGCUUCACCUGAAAUUCGGUGGCGUCGCGCGCAUUUUGCAGUAUUAUGCAACAUCCCAGUCCCACAAGAAUCCAGAAGCAGAGUUUCGCCGACUGUGCGAGCAAUAUUACGACCACCGACUCGAUCGCCUUAUUGAGCGCCUUCGUCCCACAACGGAAUUCACCAGCCUUGUUUGCGACCUCGCCACGAUUGUUGCGCGGACAAGCAUCCCCGAGAGGACACCCGAGGUUUGGCUGCAGACCGGCUUGAUGAAGGCACACCCAACUGAGGCAGACCAACUCGUCCCGGUCAGCGAUCUGGUUCGCGCCGCGGCUGUGAGUCGCUUCAACGCCGAGCGAGCCGGCCUGAUGCGCAUUGUGUUUGACAACCCGGCCACGACCUGGAGCGCACUCGAGAUUUUCGUCCUCUCCUGCCUUCAGUAUGCGAGUCAAACGUUGAAGGGGACGAACCUGUCACACCAGGCGGUCCUAGAGCUUACCAUAACUGUCGACAAUGUGCAUGUGCUCGACCGGUCAAUCACGAAUCUUGGCGCGAAAAAUUACCUCGCUGCUUUCAACGGCGAUCAGCCUUUCCCGGUCGGCACGCUGCUUGUUCCUGGCUGGUCCAACCAUCCCGUUGCCGAUGCAGUCUUGCUGACGCGUCAAAACGAUGACUCGAACGUCUUGAUCUUUUUCCAAAUCAGCAAAUCUUCGUACGCCGAUCACCAGACCAAACUGCCCCACUUGGCUUCCGACACAAUCGGCAACGCGUCUGUUUUGGAUGUGUAUCGCGGGCUGUUUGGCCUCACCAACAAUAAGGCCUACGACACACCACACAUUGCUGAAGGCAAGCUCGACGGUACCCUUGUCAAGUAUGUUUACGCCACUUUGGCCCAGAAACCUUUGACGAAAGCACAGGGUGAGAAAAAAAAGGAGAAAACAAAGGAGAGAAAAAAGGGCAAGGAUCAAAAAGAUCAAGAACCGCACCACGUUUUUCUGAUGCGCGAGGAGCAUGUCAAAGUGCUGGAUUCCGAAGCAUGGGCCGCAAGGUAGAAGAAGAGUACACCCAAUAUGAAGCUGCAAAAGCCCUCCAAAGGCAAGUACAAAGCACCAGCAAGGUGCAGGCGGGGGCGAUCUGAGAUUUUGGUAAAUUUGUGCAAAUAUGGAAACCAAU